AACGCGUAGCAAUUUCAUUCAGGGAAUCGUCAGAUCUAGAAUUAGAGAAGAAAUACGAAGAAUACAGACAGAAGCAACUACCUGACUUAAUUCCUCGAGAACUUAAAACUGGCACUAAACUUCAUUUCAUCGCUGGUCUGUUUUACCACCAUCAGCACUUGAAGAACUUUACAGUUGAGAUUAUACUGAGAGACUACGAAUUAAAAUUCUCGGGGUUGGCGAUGGAGAUGAAUGGAUCUGACAGAUAGACUCUCAUGUGUUCUUAACCAGAUUAUGUGCAGUGCUCUUGUUACUGCAGUCUGGACGUGGUUAACAUCUAAUUCGACUUAAACCCAAUGCCUUGAAGCUCUUCACAAUUUUCGGAGCACAUUCGUCCUCUGUUUCUGCCACAUUGGUCCGAAGUUUCCUUAUCAGAACGCUGGUGGUAGUUGCAGUUUGUCAACCACGCUGCCAACUUAUUGGUUUGGACAUGGCAAACAUUCCUGCCGAGAAAUCAGGGGAAUUUUUGACGUGCUGGAUGCGUUUUCGAGCUCGAUCUAAAGCUGAGAAUGUUCACGAAUUAGGUUACAGGUCCAUGUUCUGAGGCAUGGAGCUUAUGUGAGAACGGCAAGUCUUCCUAGGAGGCAUGGAAACAACCUUUGAGAAGCUUUUUAGGAACUUAGGUGACAAUAUCGAGAACUUGAAGUCUCAGGUUCCAGCCGAAUUUGGGGACAGGUUCGGUAAUUUUAGGAAGAAUAUGGUAGCUCUUGCAAAACAGUCGUGGAAAGCUGAUCGAGGUCCACCUAGAGAGGGCCUCCCUCUUCUUUUACAGUCUCCCUGGCAUCCGUCUAUCACAGUGGGAGAAACGAAUGAAGUAGACAAAGUGGUGGAGGCCCUCCGUGAUUUCUCUGCCGAGUUACUUUCUCUAUUGAAGGUUGUUUGCAAACACCUAGAUUUCUGGAGGUUAAAAAAUGAGGGCACAGACGCAUCGAAGGUCCGCCUAAUGAUACUGGAAAGAGGUCCAUGGCAAUUAGUGCUUGGUGUAUCACGCUUCGUGCGGGGUUCCAUUUGGGAAAAAUCCGCGACAUCUGGCCUUGUGUCCGCCGUGACUACUCGUAUCAAUGAGAGGGUGCUUGUACUUACUGCUGUUCAGCGAAGGCUUGCAUCACUUGUAGGCCAGGUCCACAUGGAGAUCGACAAGUUGAGCCAGGAUAUUGGAAAGGGGCAUCAUAUUCCAGAAGCAUUAGUAUCUUCGUUGUCAGCAGUACUUAGAGCCAUGAGCGUUUUGGAAGGUUCCUAUGAUCUACCUCAGACCGAUGCGAGCAGCUAUGAAGACGUCAAAGCGACAUCAAGUAUCAGUCUUCGAUUCGAUGAGAUUUCUGAUAAUCUGCGGAGCAAGUCUGAAUGGAAAGGAAAGGAUAUGGACGAUGCUGUUGACUUGCUAUUUACCAAUUUAGACCUUCUGCGAACCUUGAUAGAUUGUCUGAUGUUUCAUCACCGCAAGCCUCACAAGAUAACAAGAUACUGGCUUCGGUACACCGGGGGUGCAGUUGGCCUUGCAUUUGCGUCUGGAUGGUUAAUUCGCCACAGUCGCUUGGGAGGGAGUGAUGACAUUGACCGGUGGUUGAGAGAAGGUCGGGAAGCAGUCAUGACUUUCAUCCGCGAGCAUGUUGAACAGCCGCUUCUGUCUAUCAGGGAUGAUCUCUUUGAAACUUUCCGUAAGCGGCAUCAUGAACCUGAUUCACUAGGAGAAGCACAACUGACGGCCGAGUCAUUGAAUAGAAUGCUGCUUGAAUUCGUCAAGCAUACUAGCGAUAAGCUGCCCGAGGAUCUUACAGAACAGCAGAUGAUGGAAGUGAUGAUGACAAGGUAUGAGGAAGAAUUGGUGCACCCGUUGAGAAAUCUUCUUGCAGGACAACUCGCCAGGGCUCUCCUUAUCCAGGUUCAAAAGUUGAAGCUGGAUACGGAAAGGGCAAUGCUGGAGUUGAAUCAAAUUUUGAGAGCCAAUGAAAUUAAUUUUGCAAUAUUGGCAGCCUUUCCAGCUGUUAUAGUCACUUGUUUCCUUGGAUACUUCGGGAAGGUGUUGCUAAUUGAGACGGACGAAGUAGGUCGUGGAAGAGCUGCGCAAGCAAAGCGACGGAUGCUAAUGGCCGAGGUCGAAAAAGCCAUCAUGUGUUUCCAGAUGAUGCUAGAUGAAGCGCGGCAAGAGGAGGCUAUGUGGAGAUUUGGUAUGGUUAUAUACGGUCUCGACAGAUUGUACAAAGCUGUCAAGAAAGUAGCUGUGGAAUCUGGGGAAUGGCCGAGCUUGCGAGGAGAUAUUCUUGAUUUAGCAAAACCAAGGCUUUCGUCGACGUACAAGUUGCAAAUAACUGCGAGAAUGGAGCGAAUUUAUGAGUGUCUUGUUCCACUGCCGACUUUAUGACCGUCCUGGAAGUGAAUACUGCAUACUGCUACGAGGUCAGGAUACAAGACCACGAAUACGGGAGAAACUUGAAUCUUUGUUAUCAUCAUACAGGAUUGGAAUGCAGAUUGUCAGCUUCUGUCGGCCAAUCCUGCACAAAGCUGCGGAUUGGUAUGAGGAAAUCAGUGUGGGCGCUAACGGACGAGGGUAUGUGCAUGUAGUACUUAGUUUUACUUCUGCAGCUACGAAUUUGCAGCAGUUAUCUUUGCAACACCUUCAGAUGAAAAGAUUCACAACGCCGGAGGUUUUGAAAUCAUUAGUUUGUUGGAAAGUAUGAGUACUCGAACCUUUCAUGGUACUCCUGCCGUGUUGUAUCCGCAUCUCACUUCAAAAGUGGGAGUAGGAAAUGCCGAUCAGGUUUAGGGCAGGUCAUUCAGAACAUUUGGCUUUCUGGGAAUUUAGGACAUUUGGUCAGACGAGAGUGUUUUACAGCUGGAGGAGCAUCUCGACAUCAUUCGGGUGGUGCUAGGAAUUAUAUUUUUGACUUUGAUGACUUAAAAUCCUGCCUUGAUCGAAGUACAAGUACAAGAUGACUUAAGAUUCCUGCCUUGAUCGAACCCACGCAACAACUAUCGUCAGGCACUGGAUGCUGAUUGUGUGCACUCAUUUGCGUACGAACCAGCAGUCAAAGGAGUCUUCGAAAUGGAAUGUGCUCUUCGCCUUCAAGGCUCCCAAAGUCCCACUAACAGAUCGAAACCACCACGUCCGACGAGACAGAUUUCUGUCAGUUGAUCUCUCCAGGGCCAAUUCUUGCAAAGGCGUCUGCAGUCUCAACUCUCUCACUGUGAACUUAUGCACACUUGCAAUGGAAGAGUUCCCACAGACCUGUUCAUCUCUCACGCAGUU